UUCUCCUGCCUUCUCUGCCCACAACCAGGGCCCCUCCACACCACACCCAUGGCCUGCUACGACCUCUGCCGCCCCUGCGGACCCACCCCGCUGGCCAACAGCUGCAACGAGCCCUGUGUCAGGCAGUGCCAGGACUCCACCGUCCUCAUCCAGCCCUCCCCCGUCCGCGUCACCUUCCCAGGGCCCAUCAUGACCUCCUUCCCCCAGAGCUCCUUCGUUGGAUCCACCGCAGGGGCUGCCCUGGGCACGGAGCUCAACGUCCAGGGACAGCCCAUCUCCGGCGGCUUUGGGGCCGCAGGCUACGGCCUGGGCUAUGGCCGUGGCUUUGGCUACGGCCUGGGAGGCCUGGGCUGCUACGCCAACAGGGGCUGCUACGGCACCUGCUGAGGCCCCAAACAACUGCCCCAACACCAACCACCCACCACCUGCAAGUCACCACAUGGAACAGGGAUUCAUCUCCACCCCAAGGCUGUCCAAUGGGCUUAGCACUUCCAGCUCCUGCUCUCAGGGCUCCAACCAA